CGUGCCCCGUUUUUUCCCUUCCCAUUUCCCCUUUGCAGAGAGAAGAAGAAAUGUUGUUGUCCGUCUUGCCCAAGAGCUGUAGCCAUCCCCAUCCCCCAGAGUCACAAAUUCCCGCCCCAUCCAUCCUCGUCGGUCGGUCCCCCUUCUCCUCCCACCCGCCUCCCAAAACCCUCUCCUCUUCACCUUCUUGCAACAACCAUCACGCCCAAAUCCGCCCGCGGCCACGACUUGCUGCAUCGAUUUCACAUUGUCGCGGCCCCUGCGGCAUCGCCAAAGCACAUUCAUCUUGUGCGCCCGUUGCCGCUGCACCCGCCGCUGCCUCCAGAUCAGCUGCAGCGCCACGCGACGAGCCUUCGCACCCCGUGCAAGCGACGCGACCGCUGCGGCGAACGUCGCCCGACGGCUCUCCCGCAGCGACAGAGUAGUUCGUGAGGCUAUUCGCGACGAGCUGACACCGGCCCCACACGCUGGCCCCUUCUGGCCACUCACGUCACACACUUGCGCGCCAACCCCGAUACGGCCAGCAAUUCCCACGUCCCGCCUCUGCGCGGCAAUAAUCCAUUUCCAGGUCCCAUUUGAUCUCCAACGAAACCAAGCCGCACGCUGCAGCGCCCACCACACGCCCCGCGCCCCUUUGGAAGAGCCGCGAACCCGCUGUACCCCGUACCUACAGCACUGCGCGGCACCGCGCUGCACCAGCACAGCAGUUGAGGUACCUGUAGUACCUACAGCAGAACAAGUACAGCACGCCACACGGUCACCUACAGCAACCGCAGCCGAGUAAUUGCCAUUGCAGUCAAUCCGCCCGUCGUCUCUUCAACCCUCUCCUCGGCCACGCACGCUCGCCUUUGCCUCCGCCAUCCGAUACCAGACGGACACCGAGGCUUGAUUCACUUACUAUCGCGACGCGGCAAUCACUCUACCCCCUCAUCUUUGGCCGUGCAGACCCUUUCAAUAGUCGUUUGGCCGCAGGAAAUUGCCCGUGGUCUCCCAUUGGCCGCACCACAAACCAUCAUUGCAUGGUGCCGGACACGACGUACGAGUAACAUUCGAAACAAACGUGGAGCCUCCCUGCACCUGCACCUGCACAGCACGCGUGCGCAACGAACCGAGCCCCAACACAACGACACCAAAGCGUCUGCCCGCCGACACCCUCCACCAGAGAGUCCCCUCGUCGUCUUCUCACUGCGAAGACGGAGGGAGAGAGGGUUGAGCUAGCUUCGGGGCCAGCCAAACAUGGCUGAUGCUGGCGACACGUCACGAUACGAAUCGUCAGCUGGGGAUCUUUCGUCGCCUCCUUCAGGCUCCCUAUCCGAACCCGGCUCCCCGCCGCGUUCCAAAUCAGCGCUCAACAUGGAGCGUGGAGAGAUUGUCGUUGGCGACGACUCGCGCCAGUCAGCGUCGUCGUCGUCGGCGCAACCGCCUGCCCAGCGCCAAAUUACCUUCCAACAGUACCAGCAGCCCUCGGGCUCCAGCAGCACCACCAGCGGCCGACAGCCGGCCCCGAAACGCUACGAGCUCAUCGACGGUCAGUGGGUUCAGCUCACGGCCGCCGGCGUCCCGCGGAAGAAGCCUGGACGCAAGCCGGGCUCCGUCGUGAAGCCCAAGACGGCCGGCGAUGGCACCGACCAGCCCAAAGUUCGCAAGCCCCGGAAGCCUCGAGAUCCCAACGCCCCGCCAGUCCAGCGCAAGCGCAAGACGGCUCCUACUUCGGAUGUCGACACCGAUGGCGACUCGUCUCGGCUCGUCGCCGUCUCCCCGCCCACGUCAGGCACCACAAUACAUGCCUCGUCUCAGCAUCAUGGUCAGCAUCAGCAACAAUCUACUGAACAUCGCUAUUCCCCCAAGAUGCCCAAGCGCGAGGGUUAUCCCAGUUCGAUGCAGAGCAUCCUUAAUGCCGACCCGCCUGCCAAUACAGCGACCACCAGCACCGUCCCCGUCCGUAGCAGCGGCCUCAGCUAUGACCCCAUUCGUGGCAACUACGAUCCGGUGCGCGAGACAAUCACUUCGCAUAACACGAACACGCACCCGUCUGCCUCAGGCUCUCCGCGUGGACCCACCCAACUUGCCCACCGGUCACCCUCUAUCGCGAGCAUGCUGGAGCCUCAAGCUCCAGCCAUGACCUCGCCUAGUCAGUCGCAUCAGGGCUUCCAGUCGAGUGCGGCGCAGUCCCGACUGCACGGCCACGAGUCCGGAUCGAUGCCUCCCUCGCCCUCGUAUAGGCCUACGUCGACACCCACCCCUGCUUCGCGCCAGGGGCCGUCCGAGACGAAGCGAGAUGCCCCGGCUCGACCGGCGCCUGUCUCCCGCCCCGUUGUGAACCAAGCCAACUUCACUACCAUUUCCAAUGGCCCAGUGCGCAAAGCUGACAAGACCCAAACGGGAGUCUCGACCCCGAAGACGGACAACUUGGACGAUUUGGCGCAAGAUAGCGAGGGACGGUCGAUACUCGAUUUUGGCAAGGCCAAGCCUGGCGAGGAAUUCGAGGCCCCAAGUAUCGUGCUUCAUAUCCCCAUUAAGACUGGUGAGACGAACAAGUACGUCAAUUUCAUGCGUAUGGCCGAGGACCGCUACGGUUGGGACGCCCUGCAUCCUCGACUUGCUGCCAACCGAGAUCGAAAGGCGCGCAUCGCCGCCGCCGCCGCGUCGCUGGAGAAGGCCGAGUCGGGGCGUGAAUCGGGUGACGAGAUGUCGGUUGAUCUUUCUGAUGGAGAGGCUAGCAACCCGGAAAAUGGCGGCACGAGUGGACCUGAUGCGCAGGCGAAACCUAAGAAGAAGCGAAAUUUCAAGGAGGACCAGUAUGACGUCGACGACGAUUUUGUGGACGACUCGGAGCUCCUCUGGGAGGCCCAGGCUGCUGCGAGCAGGGAUGGCUUCUUCGUCUACUCGGGCCCCUUGGUCCCUGAGGUAGAAAAGCCUCCGGCAGGACACGACGGACCUCCUAAGCGUGGUCGCGGUAGCCGCGGCGGUCGUGGUAGCCGAGGAGGCUCAACGAGAGGCGGCGGCACUGGCCGCGGGGGUGGCCCUGGUUCUCGCGGCGGCUCCAUUACUCGAAAACCACGAAUCACCAAAUCCGAGAAGCUCCAGCGUGAGAAGGAGAAGGCGGAGCGUGAGACCAUGGCGCAGCUGUCGAAGACCCCUACCAACGGUUACGUGUUGCAGCCGACAACUCCGUCCUUCACAGUCAGCGAACUUGGUGCUUAGGAAGACACGCACCGCCCUCUCUAUCCCGAACUUCAGGACCUGCGUCCUGUUGUCGCAGCAUGGGGGAGGAGCAAUAUCGCGAGCCCACCAAUGAAGCGCAACCGCCACGGUUCCCGUGCCUCAGCCAGUGUUUUUUAGGCUGUCCCACGGGGCUAUUAUGUUCUAUGUUGAUCUUAUCAUGCACUUUUCACCACGGUCACAGGCCGAAGCAUACGCAUGGCAUGGCCUUUGUUAGGUUUCACACGGUCCAAGCGGGAUGGCCCUAACAUCAAGAGUCCCGACCAUCUUUGGUGCUUUCCUCUGUUGAGAAAUAAGCACAGCGAAGGUCUCACAUAGCCAUGGGGACUUGGCUCUCUGCUGUCUGGGCGUGUGCACACAACGACUGCUCAGAUGCGGCAGGGUGGGUGUUUCCAAUCAUGGCGUUUGGUUGUUAUUUUUUUUCUUCCCUAUUUUCUUGUUCCUUGUUCCCUCGCAUGGGUCUUAUUGUUUUGUUCCUGGCAUGGUGUACAGGACUGGGAGAAACGGUUCGUCGGGCGAAUGAUUCGGGAAGGACACGCGGAACGGAAGGGGCGGGGACGGUUUGUGCUUGGGUCAGAACGGUGCAAAGAUAUCCUCGGGUACUAGAAGUCGUCGCGAGUUGUUGUUGCUGCUGUCGGAAGCAGGCGGGCGCGCAAGGUGGGCAAAGGAAGCGCGGGCCCGACUUGCUCAGGACGCCAUUGUUUUUCUUGUUUUUGGCAUUCGGGCCACCCCGGGUUGGGCGGCCGACUGGGCGGUGAAAGAAGGGAGAACGGGGGCCGGGCUGGCUAUAGACUGCCGUUGUGAACGCCUGAAGCGUAUACAUGCGUAAUUCGGGGGGGCCGCGAUGAACAACGUGUACGAGUCAAGGUUCCCCUCACGUAGCGAACCCGCAGAAAAAUGAUGCCUCUGAACGAAACCAAGUGUUGG